GACUUUCACAUAUAAAUAUUAAUGAAUUAUUAACAAUCAGUGAUUGAUGUCAAAGCAAACAGGUGGUAAACACUAGCACAGUAUACAUUGGUCAUUUGUCCGAUAGGACGGGACCUUGAAUGAGAGGAGAAACUCAACGACAAAAGAACGACUCUUUAUAUCAUGAGUAUGUACAACUUUUGGAUAAUGGACAUCGCUGUGAGUGGUUUAACACUUUUGAGUGCAUUUUACGGUCACAAAAAGCGAGAAGAAGAGAACAGCGGUAAAACAUCAUUACAAGAGACUGUUCCACCGUUCAGCGGUCCCCGUAAUGAACAAAAGGAAUUGAUUGACGCUAAGAGGUUAAAUCUACCAUGGUAUUUAGUUUUAAACUUCUCAUAUUUUACUACAAUGGCCUUAACUGUAUCAAUGCUACAAUAUCUGCCUGCGAUAAUGAUUGGUUUACAGCAUAUCGCCGUUGUAGGAAUUCUCAUUAUUGCAUUCAAUCAGUGGAUACCGGGUAAAAGUGGCUACAUUGCGGGUAGCUUCUUUGUUCUCUUGUGGAUGGCUUCUGCCAAAACUGCCUUUCGAUGGAUAAUAAACAACAUCAUCGUUGCUAUGUUUGCUGUCUUGGCGAGCCACAUCCAGUUUAGAAACUUUGCCUUCUUACAGAUUUUUCUGUGGACAGCGUUUUUUUACGACGUCUUCUUGUUGGGUAGUAUGGGUAACACGCCGCAGUUGUUUAGCAUAACAGAGUGUAACAGUCUUUUAUGUAAGUUAUUCGAGAUGAACGAUGCUUGGCAGCUUCCAGCAGUCUUUACGGUACAGUUUGGUGAUACUGCGACCCACGUGUUUCUUGGAACAGGCGACAUUGUGAUUGGUGCUCUCAUUUCAAAUUUUUCCAUGUCUUUUUUCAAAUCGUUUAAAUGUCUUUUACUAACUGUAUCUAGUUAUGGAUUAGCUAUCGCAUUAUUGAGUCGUGUGAAUACAAAUCAACCUUUUCCCGCGCUAUUAUCGAUUGUCCCAUGUUGUUCAUUGUCUUUGAUCCUCUGUGCAAUUUUCUCGCGGAAAACUCAUCGAUUGUUUUCGAUGAACCACCGUGAUGUCGAAGGCAAAGAUGAUGAACUGCUGGUCAUAUAACGUACUAUUUUGAAAUGAUGAAAUCAAUCUCAGACUAACCGACUUUGAAAUAAAAAAAURAAAUAAUGAAAUUAACCUUCGAUUUAGACUUGAUUCAAACACUGCGGGUCUUGUGUUUCUCUCCACCCUCCGGCAAGACUCCAUGAAAACUGUAAAAAUCUCAAAUCUGUAGGCUAUGAUACAAUCAAAGACCCAACAUCUCAGAACCUUUGAGCUGAUUUUUACCGCAUCUCUGUUUUUGAACCAAUCAGAAAGCAACUUCAAACAUAGAUUGUAGAGGAAAAUGGUUAGGAAGCCUUAUGUUGUAUUUUCUUGUGCAUUUGACAGUGACAGAGCACAAUGGGCUAUAUGUUCUAGCUAUACUGGUCACGUCUAAAUGAACAGAGCGGAAAUUAUUCUUUUGCUGGCUAUUUCUUCAAAAUGCACAAAAACGUUUAACCAAUAUUGAAAUAUUUCAUUUCAUAAUCUCAUAGAGAGUGUUUAUCUUUAGUCAUUUUGCAAUUUCCAUCGCACCUAAGAAAAAAGUUYUGCACGGUCAUGACUGAUUCAAGAGCUCAAAAUAAAUCAACAAAAUAAGUACAAAAAAAAGUACAACAAUAGGUUUCAAAACCAUUCCCCUCUAUUAACUAUGCUUUAAAUAGCAUUUUAUUUGUCAAACAGGCGUUCGAAAAUGUUCAGGGCUCGGAUGCGUGUGGAGCUUUAAGAUUUUACAGUCAAAACAAUAUACAGAAUAAGGUAACAUUACCUAGAAACCCGGACAUGUUGGAUAUAUGUUUUGUAUUUGGUUGUAAUUCGUUAAACGGUUAGAAAACGUUGAAAUCCCUGAAUAGAAAAUUUAUGUCUCCUAGCAACCAGACACAUCCAGAAUUGUGUUAAACAACAAUACACUGCAAACUCUAAAGCCAUGAAAUAAAGUGGAAAUAAAAUUUGACUAUUAAAGUGUGAAUGGUGGGAAC